CCGCCUCUUCCGGUUUCUUGAGUCGUGUGCGUCCGCGACGGUAGUGACGCGUAUUACCCGGAGGAUGGCGGACGCCGGCUUACGCCGCGUGGUUCCCAGCGACCUGUAUCCCCUCGUGCUCGGCUUUCUGCGAGAUAACCAGCUCUCGAGCGUGGCCAAUAAAUUCGUCAAGGCAACAGGCGCUACCCAGCAGGAUGCCAACGCCACUUCCCUCUUGGAUAUCUAUAGUUUCUGGCUCAACAGGUCCACCAAGGCUCCAAAGCGGAAGUUACAGGCAAAUGGACCAGUGGCUAAGAAGACUUCAUCCAGUGACAGCAGUGACGACAGCAGUGAGGAGGAAAACCAGGGGCCUCCAGCUAAGAAAGCUGCUGUACCUGCCAAGCAGGCCAGUCUGCUUCAGCAUCCUGGAAAGGCUGCAGUCAAAGCAUCCGAGAGCAGCAGCAGCAGCAGCAGUGAAGAAUCCAGUGAUGAGGAGGAGGAAAAAGACAAAAAGAAAAAGCCUGUUGAGAAGGGAGUUAAGCCACAGGCCAAGACAGUCAAAGCUCCUCCUAAGAAGGCCAAGAGCUCUGAUUCCGAUUCUGACUCAAGCUCAGAGGACGAGCCACCAAAGAAUCAGAAGCCAAAGACAACACCUGUGGCAGUGAAAACACAGGCUAAAGCCCCAGCCAAACCAGGUACAUCAGCUCGGCCAGCGCCUAAAGUCGCCAAUGGCAAAGCAGCUAGCAGCAGCAGCAGCAGCAGCAGUGAUGAUGACUCAGAGGAGGAAAAGGCAGUAGCCAUCUCUAAGAAGACCAUACCUAAAAAGCAAGUUGUGGCUAAGGCUCCAGUGAAAAUGGCUGCCACACCUGCCCAAAAGAGUUCCAGCAGUGAGGACUCCUCCAGUGAGGAAGAGGAAGAGGAGCAGAAGAAAAAGCCCAUGAAGAAAAAACCAGGUCCCUAUAGCUCAGUCCCCCCGCCUUCUGUUCCCCCACCCAAGAAGUCCGUGGGAACUCAGUCCCCCAAGAAAGCCGCAGAGAAGCAGCAGACUGUGGAGAGCAGCGAGGAGAGCAGCGAUGAGUCUGAUUCAAGUUCUGAGGAAGAAAAGAAACCUCCAGCUAAGGCAGUCAUUGCCAAGGCAGCUACUAAAGCAGCUCCAGCAAAGAAGGCAGCAGAGAGCUCUUCAGACAGCUCAGACUCUGACAGUUCUGAGGAUGAAGCUCCUGCCAAGCCAGCCAGUACCACCAAGAAUCCCUCAAGUAAACCAGCCGCCACUCCCAAGCAGCCUGCAGCUAAGUUAGCCGCCACUCCCAAGCAGGCUGCGGGCAGUGGCCAGAAGCCUCUAACCAGAAAGGCUGACAGCAGCUCCAGUGAGGAGGAGAGCAGUUCUAGUGACGAGGAGGAGACGAAGAAGACUGUAGCCACCCCUAAGUCCAAGGCGACAGUCAAAGCAGCCCUGUCUUUGCCUGCCAAGCAGGCCUCUCAGGGUGCUGGGGGCAGCAGCUCAGAUUCAGACAGCUCUAGCAGCGAGGAAGAGGAAGAAGAGAAGACGCCUAAACCCCCAGCUAAAAAGCCACGGAAGGAGGUAGGAGCCAUAGCCCCUUCCAAACUAGCCUCCGGGAAGAAAGCAAAGGCCGAGAGCAGCAGCAGUUGUUCCUCUGAUGACUCCAGUGAGGAGGAGGAGGAGCCCAAGGGCAAGGGCACUCCAAGACCGCAGGCCACCAAGGCCAAUGGCACCUCUGCACUGACUGCCCAGAAUGGAAAAGCAGACAGGGGCAGCAAUGAGGAGGAGGAGGAGAAGAAGAAGGCAGCAGUGGCGGUUGCUAAGCCAGGUUCAGAAAAGAAGAAGAAGAAGAAUGAGGCUGCUAAGGAGGCAGAGACUCCUCCAGCAAAGAAGAUAAAGCCUCAGACCCCCAACACAUUUCCUAAAAGGAAGAAGGGAGAACGAAGGGCAUCCUCCCCAUUCCGAAGGAUCAGGGAAGAGGAGAUCGAGGUGGAUGCUCGAGUGGCAGACAAUUCCUUUGACGCCAAGCGGGGUGCAGCUGGAGACUGGGGGGAGCGAGCCAAUCAGGUUCUGAAGUUCACCAAAGGCAAAUCCUUCCGGCACGAGAAAACCAAGAAGAAGCGGGGUAGCUACCGGGGAGGCUCCAUCUCUGUCCAAGUCAACUCUGUUAAGUUUGACAGCGAGUGACCAUGGGCCACCUAUGGCACAGCAAGGGUGUGCCCACUCACCGUCCUCAGUGGACCUGGGAAUCCUGGGCUGUAUCAGGGGAGGGUCUUGGUAAAGAGAGCAGUUUAGAAUAGGUCUGAAGACUCUGCACUGUAACACCCUCUAAGGUCCUUUUUUGUGUUCGUGGUUUUGUACAGAUUUGUUUUUUGAGUGUUGGGUAGCAAGGACAAAGAGUGUUCAUUUUUAAGAAGAAUUUUAGUUGUCAUUCCCUCCAUGUUCUGUGAAAGUCUUCAUACUGAGAAAUUUGUAUAUUUCCUAUUAAAUAAUUUCUUAUUGA